GUUGGAGGCCUCGGCGGCGCGGAGAAGGAAGAGCAGCCAUCAUGGAGCAGCAGGGCAGGCUGCCUCCUUCGGCCCCAGCCAUCGAGUUCCCCGAGGACGAGGGAACGGAGCCGCAAUAUGAUGAAACUGAUUUGCCAACAGAGUUCCGGAUGGUGAACGGUUCUAAAAAGUUCCUGAAUUUCACUUCCUCUGUCGCCAACCAGCUCCUGCUUGUUUCUGUGCUCGAACAUCUUUGCCACGUGUAUGGACAAGACCCUACACAUUCGAGGCGUUUAUUUCAAUUGCUGUGCAAGACGUUUACUCGAAUGGGCUUGCUUUCCUCUUUUGCCUCCUGUGAUGAAUUCAGCAGUUUGAGGCUGCAGCAUAAUCAGGCCAUUACUCAGUUAAUGAAGGCAGCUAAUCAGCAAAUACUCAAUGGGGAGUUUGGCAGUGGCGAUGCCCACACAAACAGCAGUGUAAAUGAAGUCCUCUUUGAAGCACAAACAUCUCGCUACAUCAAUGAAUUUGAUGAGAUCUCAAGGCUAGGAAAAGGAGGGUACGGGACAGUGUACAAGGUCAAGAACAAAUUAGAUGGUCAGUUCUAUGCGAUUAAAAAAAUCCUUAUUAAGAAGGCAACCAAAAGAGAUUGUAUGAAGGUGUUACGAGAAGUUAAAGUGUUGGCUGAACUGCAGCACCCGAAUAUUGUGGGGUAUCACACUGCUUGGAUGGAACAUGUUCAACCAGGCUGCCUAAAAGCUGAGAAGACCUUGGACUUGCCAUACCUGAAAAUGACUUCUAAAGCAGGAAGUACUAAAGGUAAUUGCAGUGUCGAAGAGAUGGAAGAGAGCAAUUCCAUUAUCUUUGCCGACCCCAACAAUGGAGUCAGUAGGGAUGAAGAAGGAAGUAAGACGAAUGUGUACGAACUCUCUGCUGAUUCCGACGACAGCAGCUGUACCAGCGAGGCUGCCAGUAGGUUGCGCUGCGUAGACCAUGUUCCGUCUGCUCUCCCUCGCUGCCCUCAAGAUCGAAAUAAAGGCAGUGCAAGCCAAGAAGAACUUUCCCAGAAGGAUCUGUCUUUGCAAGGGCGAUGUGAGAUGAAAUACCAUCUGAUGCUUCACAUACAGAUGCAGCUGUGUGAAACCUCCUUGUGGGAGUGGAUCACUAACAGAAACAAAACAUGCCUGAGAACAGAGGAGCCUACCGAUCCUUAUCAGCAUGUGGAUGUUAACUGGACAUUAAAAAUCUUCCAAGAGCUGCUAAAAGGAGUGUAUUAUAUCCACAGUAUGGGAAUCCUUCACCGGGACAUUAAACCCAGAAAUAUCUUUCUCCAUGGGCCUGACCACCAUGUGAAAAUAGGAGAUUUCGGGCUGGCCUGUAAAGACAUUUUCCAGAAGGAGCCAGGCCCCUCACAAAACGUGAAGGAAAUGGCAGGCCUAAAGCACACUUCUGGAGUGGGUACUUGCUUAUAUGCAUCACCUGAACAACUGCAAGGUUGUCAAUAUGACUUCAAGUCGGACAUGUACAGUGUCGGUGUCAUCCUGCUAGAACUCUUUCAGCCUUUUGGAACAGAAAUGGAACGAGCUGAAAUUCUGACGGGUUUGAGGAAUGGUCACAUUCCUGUCUCUUUCAGUGGAAAAUGGCCAAUACAGACAAAAUAUGUUAAGCUGCUAACCAGUAAAGUGACCUCUCAGAGGCCAACCGCUGGUCAACUUCUUGAAAGUGAACUCUUCCACAAUACAGCAAAUGUUAUUUGCAGUUUACAGCAGAAGGUGAUGCAACAAGAGGAAGAAAUCAAAUCACUGAAAGAGCAAGUGAAGCUACUUUUACAGGAAAGAGAAGAGAGAGACAGAAUGAAGCACUCUGGUUCUCCUGUUUAGGGUUGCUAACGUGUAUA